AUGUCACGUGGUAUAUAUAAAACUAUUAGAAAGAGAAAACAACUUAUAACGCUAGAACUUCCUCAUAAAUAUAGAAGAGUUACAGAUGAUGCCACUCCAGUUACUGAGUAUCUGUUUGGGGACAUUUGGAUACACGGUGUUUGGUUAAAAGCCAUAAGAUCAACAGAUAUAAUCAGUGCCUGUACAUUUGAGUAUCCUGAACAACAAAACUGUCAGUUUUACAAUGAUAGGUCUGGUUUAGACUCCGCAGACUGGAUUAAAUAUUAUGACAAAACACCAACAGAAGACACAGGACCUGAAGGAGCAAAAGGUGGCAAAUACUAUAUGUAUAUUGAGACGUCUACUAUGAAAUCGGAAGGAAAUGCACGUCUCAUGUCCAGUUUGUUAACUACAGACAAACAGCUAUGUUUGUCUUUCUACUACCACAUGUUUGGGGACAGCAUCGGCGAAUUACAGGUGAUAAUCAGUAUUGUAGGAUCAAAUCAGAUCAUCUUUAGAAAGUCAAAUAGCCAAGGAAACUACUGGCAUUACAAGGAGCUGUAUUUUCUACCAGCAAAUAAUUUUAAGAUUAUUUUUAAUGGUAUUGAUGGAAGCGGUUACAUGGGAGAUAUUGCUUUGGAUCAUAUUUUACUGUUUUCUGGUAAUUGUAACAAUUACACCAUUAGCAUAGGUGAACCCCCGGUAGCUGGAGCAGUAACUGUUGAAGAGGCUUUGAUGAUUAUAAUUGCAGUUACAAUCAUUACGUUACAACAGUUAGUAACUGAGUUUAAUCUAAAUGGUUUUAACAAAUUCAUUUGA